AUACUCUCACACACGCGCACUCUCAGCUGCAGGACGCAUCCACACAAUCUCAGACGCGUUGUCAAUGUUCCGCACUUAGAAAUGUCGCUCAUAAUCCACAUUUUAACAACUCUGGCCCUGUGGUGUCCCAUCAGUGCUCAGCUGCCAGAGUUUGCGGAUGUCUGCACCGAAGGCAGCUGCUACCCGGCCACAGGUGACCUGCUGAUCGGCCGGGCGCACAAACUCACCGCCUCCUCUACCUGCGGCACGAAGCAGCCGGAGCGCUUCUGCAUCGUCGGACAUCUGGAGGAGGAGAAGAAAUGUUUUGUAUGCGACUCCAGACUGAUGUACAACGACGACAACAACCAUGUCAGCCACACAAUUGAGAACGUGGUCACCACCUUUGCCCACAACCGCCUCAAGACCUGGUGGCAGUCGGAGAACGGUGUGGAGAAUGUGACCAUCCAGCUGGACCUGGAGGCUGAGUUUCAUUUCACACACCUUAUCAUGACCUUCAAGACAUUUCGUCCGGCUGCCAUGGUGAUCGAGCGAUCCAUGGACUUUGGGAAGAAUUGGCAGGUUUAUCGAUACUUUGCCUACGACUGCGAGACAUCCUUCCCCGGCGUGUCGUCAGGUCCAUUGUACAAAGUGGACGAAAUCAUCUGCGACUCCCGUUACUCAGACAUCGAACCAUCCACCGAGGGAGAGGUUAUAUUUCGGGUGCUGGACCCCGCCUUCAACAUUGAGGACCCCUACAGCCUGAGGAUACAGAACAUGCUGAAGAUCACUAACAUCCGGGUGAAGUUCAUCAAGCUCCACACGUUGGGCGACAACCUGCUCGACUCCCGUGACGAGGUGACGGAGAAGUACUACUACGCCCUCUAUGACAUGGUCGUCCGCGGGAACUGCUUCUGCUACGGCCACGCCUCCGAGUGCGCCCCCAUCGAUGAAGCCCCCACUGGAGCUGAGGGCAUGGUCCAUGGCCGCUGUGUAUGUAAUCACAACACCAAGGGACUAAACUGUGAGCACUGUCAAGACUUUUACCAUGAUCUGCCUUGGAGACCUGCAGAGGGACGAAACACCCACGCUUGCAAGAAGUGUGAGUGUAACCAGCACGCCACGUCGUGCCACUUCGACAUGGCCGUGUACAUGACGACUGGCAACAUGAGUGGAGGCGUGUGCGACGACUGUCAACACAACACGGUGGGCCGACAGUGCGAGCAGUGUGCGCCCUUCUACUACCAGCACCCUAACCGAGACCUGAGGGACCCCAACGUCUGUGCUCGGUGUAACUGCGACCCGGACGGGUCUCUCCAGGGAGGGAUGUGUGACCCACGAACCGAUGUUGCAGCCGGGCUGAUCUCAGGCCUGUGUCGAUGCAAAGCCAAUGUAGAGGGCGAGCGCUGCGACAACUGUAGACAGGGAAACUACGGACUGGGACAAGGGCCUCACGGCUGCCUGCCUUGUACUUGUAACCUGCUGGGAACUCUGCCUGGAGGAAACUCUUGUGAUUCAGACACAGGAAGUUGCUUCUGCAAACGCCUCGUUGACGGACAUAACUGCGAUCAGUGUCUGCCGCAGCACUGGGGUCUGUCCAAUGACAUGGACGGCUGCAGACCAUGUGACUGUGACCAGGGCGGGGCUGUCAACAAUAACUGUGACCCUCACUCGGGACAGUGUGUGUGCAGAGACCACAUGUUCGGACGACGCUGCGAUCAGAUCGAGUCCGGCUUCUACUUCAUCGCUCUGGAUCACUACACCUACGAGGCAGAGGACGCCAAUCAUGGACCUGGUGUCACGGUGGUACCGAGGCCUUACCCUCUGGAUCGUAGUCCUACGUGGACCGGAAUGGGUUUUGUUAACGUGCCAGAAGGAGCCUACUUAGAGUUUUCCAUCAACAACCUCCCAGAGUCCAUGGACUAUGACAUCCUUGUUCGCUAUGAGCCGCAGCUGCCAGACCAGUGGGAGGAGGUAAACGUCCGAGUGGAGCGUCCCGUCUUCAACCCUCCAAACUAUUACGGUCACUGCAGCAACUCCAUCCAGGGUGGAGACGAGCAGACCAUCUCUCUUCCACCUGGAUCCAGACAUGUGCUGCUGGUGAGGCCGGUGUGUUUCGAGGAAGGACUGAACUACACGAUCCGUCUCAGUCUGCCGCUCUACUCUUCAGUCAGUGACGUCCAAAGCCCGUACACGCUCAUCGACUCCCUGGUGCUGAUACCUCGGGUCAGGGAGCUGGACAUAUUCCAUGGGGUCGAUGGAGAGGAAGCGUGGGAUACGUUCCAGCGCUACCGAUGUCUGGAGAGCAGCCAGAGCGUCGUAAAAAACCCCAUGACCAACAUCUGCAUCGACUACAUCUUCAGCGUCUCUGCUCUGCUGCACAAAGGAGCCAUGGCAUGCCAGUGUGACCCUCAGGGUUCACUCAGCACUGUGUGUGAGUCCAGUGGAGGUCAGUGUCAGUGUCGACCCAACGUUGUCGGCAGGAACUGUGACCACUGUGCCCCUGCCACGUUCCUGUUUGGCCCCGCCGGCUGCAGACCUUGCAAGUGUGACCCCCGGGGUGCGGUCAGCGCCUUCUGCCAUGAGGCGACAGGCCAGUGUGAGUGUGUCCCAGGGGCCAUGGGGCGCCAGUGUUCCCACUGCCUGCCCGGCUUCUGGGGCUUCCCUCAGUGCAGACCGUGCCAGUGUAACGGCCACAGCGAGGACUGCCACCCUCAGACUGGAGAGUGUCAGGGCUGCAGAGACUUCACUACUGGAAACCACUGUGAGAGGUGUCUGGAUGGUUACCAUGGUGACCCAGAGUUGGGUUCAGGUGGCCACUGUCGCCCCUGUAUGUGCCCCGAUGGGCCGCGCAGUGGACGCCACUUUUCUGAUAGCUGUUACCUCCUGGCUAACACUAACCAGCUGGUGUGUGUGUGCAGCCCUGGAUACAAAGGUGCCAGGUGUGACCAGUGUGCUCCUGGUUAUUUUGGGAACCCGCUGGUGCCCGGUGGGCGCUGCAUGCCCUGCCAGUGCAACAACAACAUCGACAUGCACGACCCCGAGUCCUGUGACGCUCGGACGGGAGCCUGUCUCAAGUGCCUGUACCACACUCAGGGCUACGGGUGUCAGCACUGCAAAUUGGGUUAUUACGGCAACGCCGCCACUCAGAGCUGCAGGAAGUGUAUGUGUUACCCCGAGGGCUCAGUACCUCAGGCUUGUUUGUCCCCUGACGAGUGUCAGUGUGAUCAGCGUAGCGGCCAGUGUCCCUGCCAGCCGAACGUGGUCGGUCAGAACUGCGACCGCUGUGCUGCCGAUACGUGGAACAUCGCCAGCGGGAAGGGCUGCCAGCGCUGCGACUGCAACCCCGCCCACUCCCUCGGAUCCUCCUGCAAUGAGGUCACAGGACAGUGCUCGUGCAAACCCGGUUUUGGUGGCAAGACGUGUCGGGAGUGCAGAGAGUUCUUCUGGGGGGAUCCAGAGGUCAAAUGUAAUGCUUGUGACUGCGACUCUCGGGGAAUCUCCAGCGAGCAGUGCCAUCGUGCGACAGGUCAGUGCACCUGUGUGGAGGGUGUGUCCGGCCCACGGUGUGACCAGUGCGCCAGGGGCUACCAGGGUGAGUUCCCUGCCUGUGAACCCUGCCACCAGUGCUUUGCUGUCUGGGACACCUUGGUCGGCGAGAUGACCAAUCAAACCAGACGUCUGGAGGCCCAAGUAACAGAGCUCAUGAGCAGCGGGGUGACGGCACCAUACAAAGAAUUAGUCAGCAGUCUGGAGAGAAACGCCAAGGCUGUCCAAGAAAUAGUCGAGAGCAACCCUGCAGCAGUGAAGCUGGAGCAGAUACAGGAUCUGAUGCAUCAGAUUACGGGUUUGAUGUCCUACCUAAACGGAAAGUUGAACACAACAGAGGAGACCUUGAACCUUAUCCACAGUGACGCCAACGCCACCAGUGCAAACUUGGAUGCACUGAUGGAUGAGGCCCGCCAGCUGGAGCUGAGUGUCCAGGAGUUGAGACAGGAAGUGUACAACGCCAAGAAUGCCAACAUCCAGGGUGCGAUGGACACCAUUGCAUCUGCACACAUGAAGUCUAUGAUGGCAGAGCUCCGUGCCAACGCCUCGACCAGUAAUCCCAGAAACACAUUAGAGCAGUCAGCCACAGUACGGAAAGCCACGGAGGACAAACUGAGCAGCAGGCAGAAGGAGUUUGACCGCAAGCACCAAAGAAACGCACAGAAGCUGGACACACUGUCCAGCGAGCUGAAUACAUUUGACCUGUCACCACUAAGCCAGAAGACAUGUGGUGGUGCAGCAGAAGGUCUCGGCUGCCUUGGCUCGCCCUGCGGUGGUUUGGGUUGUCUUGGCGAGGACGGAGCACCUCAGUGCGGCGGAAAAGAAUGUGGAGGCGUUGUCAUGACUUCUCAAACUGCUCUCAAAUCAGCCAAAGACCUGGACCAGGAGAUUGUGGCAGCGAUGCAGGAAGUGGACAAGCUCUCCAGGAUGGUGUGGGAAGCCAACAACCGUGCAAACGAGGCCAAGGUGAACGCUAUGGAGGUGCUGAUCAAAUCCAACCAGAGCAAAGAGAGAGUGGAGCAGAGCAACGAUCAGCUGCGCAACCUCAUCAAAGAGAUACGAGACCUGCUAACCAGUGACAAGGCAGAUGUUUCAGUGAUUGAGGCGGUGGCCAACGAGGUGUUGGCUCUGGAGAUGCCGACCUCCACAGAAAAGCUGCAGGAGCUGACGAAGGAGAUCCGGGAGAAAGUCGGCACUCUGACCAGCGUGGAGACGAUCCUCAGUCAGAGCGCUGAGGACAUCAAGCUUGCAGAGACGCUGCUGAAACAGGCCAAGGCUGCCAGUGAGGAGGCCUCUAACAUGAAGGAGACAGCAGACACAGUGAAGGCAGCCCUGGAUGAGACUGAGCGCGCUCAGAGUAUCGCCAUGGACGCCAUCCGACUGGCCCAGAACAACACUAAAGCCACCCUGGACCUGGUGAUCACUGUGGAGUCAGAGACGUCCAUAUCAGAGCUGAAGCUCAGCAACACCACAGGUCGUCUGGUUCAGCUGGAGAGGGAGGUCGGCCUGCUGAGACAGAACAACCUGGAGGUCAACCGCCUGGUGGAAACGUGCAACAUGAUCACAGACCAGGCCAAACUGAACGCAAAGGAGGCCCAGCAGGAGUUUGACGGGGAGGUGAAAGAUAAAUUUGAGGACGUGAAGUACCUGGUGGAGGAUAAAGGGGAGUCAGUGUUGAAGGCGAGGAGGAAAGCGGACGAACUUCAGCAGGAGGCCAAAGAGCUGCUCGCCCAGAGCAGCAGCAAGCUGCAGAGACUCGGAGAGUUGGAGAGCUCCUACCAGUCCAACCAGCGCAUCCUGGAGGCCAAAGCUGCAGAGCUGGCUGAAUUGGAGCAAACCGUCCGCCGGGUCCUGGAGGAGAUCAGCCACAAAGUGACGCUAUACAGCACCUGUCUGUGAUGAUCACCUGGACACUCCAGCACCUCAAACUCUUUACUGUUCUCAAGUUUACUGGCUGGGAUUUUUAAUGGUGCCAAAUGUUUUAAAGCUUUACAGAACACACUGCUCCCAGAUGAUUCCCCGAGGAUUUUAUAGCUAUUAGGACCAAACACCGUCAGUGCCAAAAGUUUUGUGUAUUGUCUUUGAGCCAACACUUUUACACAACAACAACUUUUUAAGUAUAUUACACAGCUGCGCCAAAAAGUGUUGUAACAAUGGAGACAAGUUUUAUUAAAGCUGCCAAAGACUAUAAAAAGAAUUAGUAACGAGGAAACCACUAAAUGCCAUUGUGACCUCAGUGCUCGAAACCAAGAAUGUGUAGAGAACGUACAGCUCAGCUAUAUAAGAUGCUACAAUCUGUGUAUUUAAAUAUAUUUGAACAUAUGAGAGAAAUAUUAAAGACUUUGAUGUACUUAAUAAGCCCAAAGCUAUGAAACAUUAUGUGGAAUGUAAAUUUUGAUUUAAAAUGAAGUUAACUGAAGCAUCCGGUUGGUCUUUUCUUCUUGGUGGAUGGUAGAAAACAUAAAUUCUUUUCACAUUU